AUGGAAGAUGUGAUGAUCUACACUGGAAGAGCUAUGAACGCCCGCAAUCUGAAGAGCAUGGGGAUUCUGGAUCAAGUAAGGGCCAAACCAACUCUGGACACCUCCCGGGAAGCCCUUAAAGAUCAAAGAAAGAUUCCACAUGGACUCUAUCUGUUCUCAAAGAUCGAUCCUCCAGAGCGACCACGAGGACCAUCUGAGAAGGAAAAGCAGGCAAAGAAAGCGAAGCUGGGAGAAUCCUAUGGAUCAAGACCUCUAGUACCUCUGACUGGAUCUUCUGGUAAGUCUGUUUCUCUCCCUCCUUCUGUACAAAUUAAGCUUGUUGCUUCUUCUACCCCUCAACCAACACCCAUAUACACUAACUCAGAAACUCCUCCCUCAACCACCAGACCAUCUAAUCAACCCUCUCAAAAGUUUAACCUAGCCACCACCUCUCUACCCCUUUCGGAAGCAGAAAUGCUAAACGAAACAACCUCACCCUCUUCAUCUUCUUCUCCAGAAUCACCCCCCUACUAUAACAUUUCCACAAAUACUGAACCAUCUGACCCUCCCUCUCCGACUCUGGCUCAGCUCCAAACACGUGCUCUGGCCUCCCAACAGCCAACACAAUCCAUACCUGAACCAGAAGUCACCUCAUCACCCACAGAAGAACCAAACACAACCACAUCUGACCCUCCACCAUCUGAAACAAGUCACACUGAAACUCAACCACCCAACUCUGACAUACCCCCACCAAAUACAUCCGCUGAACCACAAAUUCCCACACUCAACCUAAGCCCUCCCACUUCUCCACCCCUAACCUCUGAACCUGAAAACACCCUUCCAACCCUUGAGGAAGCAAUAAUGGGCCUCUCUGAGAAAGUCCGCAACGACUUCAUCAGAGACGCUGAGAUCAGACUACAAGAGCGCCUAGCCAAAGAAGCUAAGGAGCGAGCACACAGAGAAGAAGAAGAGAAAGCCAAGCAAGAAGAAUUAUAA